UUCCGCGUCAGUGCGCUAGAUGCCCACAAUUUCCGUCGAUCUCUGCUUGCCUGGCAUGUACUUUGAGUUUCCCUUGAGUCGCGGAAUACGACUGGGAGAAAAUGUCGGACGUAUAAAUGGCAUUUCUCAGGUCCAACGUCACCGCGAAGAAGCUGCCAGCGCAAAAAGUCGCAUUGCUUAAAAACAAAGCCGGUCAGGGUCCUCAACAGUAAACAGACCCCAAAGUCGUUUUCAGUCGCCUUCCAGAUGUACUGCUGAACAGUUUCCGCAAAUUAAGGGAGGAUGCUGAAACUUUUCCCAGGUUCCUCGGGACGCCGCGAUAUUGCUCCCGCAUCGCCGGCGAAAGCUUGCCCCACAUAAAAAACCGUCCUUGAAUCGUUUUUCUCAUGUCUACGGUUUCUACACAUUCAUAUAACUACGCAAGAAUCCUUCCUGGUUGCGUUUUCAGGGCUCGUGUCUGCAGGCUUUGCCUCCAAGUCCAUCCUACAGCUGUCCGUACCAACGCUGUGAGGCACGAGACGUCCAUGCAGCGAGUUUUUCCGCGUCGAUUCGCCAAAGCGCCCACCUUUCAAAAUUUUCUCUGGGCUUCUCUCUCGUCUUCCAUCUCGCCAGUGUCGCGCGGCUCUUGUCCUCAUUUUCGGCUGCUGGCGGAGGCGAGUCCGUCCAACGUCGCGACGGGACCGGGGGCGGUUUUGCGUGCAGACGACAAGCCUUGCGCGUUUGUCUCCACGAGGACGCAUCACUGCGUUUAGUUCUUGUGAAUUCUUCCCUCCGCGUUUAGCGACCCCUGACAGCAAAAGGGAAGCGCGUUGCAGAGAAAAAGGAUGCUCCUGGCCGUCGGCGACCGUCCUACUGGCGAGACACAUUUGGGUCACACAGAAAAAAGGCUUUUUUGUCCGGGAACUCUGAAAGCGCAGAGUGCACCUCCAAGAGUGCAGACCGGAGAUGUCCUCGUUUCCUCACGCUCUAUACGAGGAGUGCAACUCACGGGAUCUGCUCGGGACGAAGAGCUGGUAGAGACUCCGGUUUCAGGUGUCAUGACCUCCAGGGUACGAUGGUACGUCUCGCACUCACGUCCGUCCAUCUUUUCUGCACCUAAGUCGAUCGUCGAGCUGCAGGAAGAGUCACGAGAGGUCUUCCUCCACGUUCUUCGGAGACGCGUCUGUUCAGCCAUUGGGUCUCCUGCGAGUCGCCCACCAGCUUCCACCUGGGAG